UGAAGACGAGCCGCACCGUCCACUAGCCACACGUAGGUUUUACUCGCCAGGACGUGCUGAAAGCCGGCAGCUAGUGAUGCAGAUGAGCCAGCGGUGUAGUGGCAUCUCCAGCGCGCCGACGUGUUGUGAAGACGCAGCCAGAAGACCGUCGUGGGAGCAGCAGCGGUGGAGGAUGCAGGGAUCAUUUUUUGGGCACAUUCUUUAAUAGAAGCAAGGGACUUUGUUUCUGUGAUUUCCUGGGCUGCCGCGGGGAAGCGUAGUUGUACUGUAGCACAGCUGUGCCACCUGGAGUCGCCUUGGGGGAAAUCAUCUUGAAAAUAAUGAGUGGUAACGCGAACCACCACCAGCACCAAGGCGCGCCGCAAAUGCCGGGUGCAGCAGGACCCAAUGCAGGAGCUUCACAACCGUUGUAUAAUAACAAUAUGACGGCUCAAGCUCAACAUCUUGCCGGAGCAUCCGCACCUCCCACAGCGGCGUUGCCCUUCCGUCCUCCUCCACCGAUGAUGGCGCCGAUGACGCCUGCUUCCGGGGCGCAGCAAAUGAUGUUGAUGCAACAAAUGAUGCUGAAUCAGCAGCGCAAUCUGAUGGCGAGCAAUCCCAUGCUGGCGGCCCAAGCGAACGCGAAUUUUUCCAUGAUGCAGACAGCCGCCCAGGCGAGCAAUCCCAUGCUGGCCGCGGCCCAGGCGAGCAAUCCCAUGCUGGCCGCUGCCCAAGCGAGCAAUCCCAUGUUGGCCGCUGCCCAGGCACAGCAGCUCCAGCACUUCGCCGCGCAGCAGGUGGCCGCGCAGCAGCAAAUGAACUUUUCCUUGGCCGCCGCAAGAAACUUGCAGGAGCAGCAGCAGAAGUUGCGCACCUUCGCCGCAGGGGCCGCAGGAGUAGCACCGCCGGCGCAGACGCACCUGCAACUCUCUGGAGGAGUAGAACGACAUCAACAGCAGCCGGUGCCGCAGAAUUUGCCUAGUGGUACUUCAUCUACUAGCGCCGGUGGCAAUCUAGCUCCUGGGGCAUCAGCUACGCCAUCAGCGUCAACUGGUGCAGCAUCCACAGCUUCUGUAGUUCCAAGUGCUGGAGGACCACCAGCAGCAGCACAGGCACCAACGCUGGCACAGCAGCCUCCUCUCCUCGCGCAAAAUUUGGUGCAGCAGGCGCAGGCGAAAGCGGGAAGUGUGCCGCUGAUGGGUGGAAUCGCGCCCGGGGCGAUGCUAAUGCCCGGCGCCUUGGCCGGCGCGACGACUAGUACUACUGCUAGUACAGCGUCCUCCACGGUGGCAGCAGCUUUGAUGCAACAGCAGGCCAACACGACGACCGGCGCAGGAGCAGCGCGGCCGGUCAUGGGGGUCGCAGGAGCAGGAGGGGCAACUUCUUCGGCCACCAACGUAUUGCUGGCGCCGGCUGGAGCUGCGGCAAGUACAACAAGUAUCGGGGCGAAGACGAUUCCGGAAAAGAUCAUGGAGAAGCGAAUGAUGGAGACGAAAAAGCAGGAGUUGCUGAAGUACCAGGAGGACCAGAAACGCAGAACGCUCCACAGUCUGAAAAAGUGCCACCUGCACACCAAGCCGGUGCCGAGAAAGUGCAAGUUCUGCUUGAAGUAUGCCACCGACGUGGAGCAAGCGAACCUGCAGAUCGAGGAGGUCGCCCGGGAGACCAACAGCAAACUGGAGGCGCUGCAACAACAGGGCGCCGCACUCGCGCAAGGGAUCCUGCAGGCGCAAAGUGGUGGCGCCGGAGCAGGACCGAGGAGUACAACCACUUCUGCCUCCGGGCACCAGCUGCUGCAUAUCACACAGAAAAAAGCAGGCAGGUCAGAUUUGUAAUGCAAAAAUAAACACACAAACCCACGCUAUGGGGCCGCCCAUGACAGAUUUUUCUGUGUAUUCAUUUUUGCAUUACAAAUAUGCCCUGCCUGCUUUUUUCUGUGGGAUACUGCACGCCUUUCAGCCAAACCACAGUCAUCUUGUGAUGCUCGGCGCUGCUGGUGCCGGGGGCCUGCCGACCGCGGGCGGCGAUCCGCAGCAGAUGCUUUCGUUGGCACGAGCAGGAGGGGCAGCUGCUGGCGCUUACAACAUGAGUGCACAUCAUCAACAACUGCUGAAGCUGCCCUACACGAACGAAAAGACGUUCAACCUGCCGAUGCUCGUGCUGGGGCAGAUCGAGAAGUCGACCUUUUUCCACGAGCUGCAGAACGGGCUUUCAACGUUGGGCGAGGCCGCGCACCUCCCCGGCGGGGGGGCGCGGGACGGGAAGUGCGACACCGUGGGCAGGCUGGUGGGAAAGGCGGUUCGGGUGCUUGACAACUGCGAUGUGUACCUUCACCACUCGUUCACGGAGACCUCCAGCUUCAUGGCCUGUCUGCUAAGGUAUCCCUGAGUAGAGAAAAAGUGUAGUUUAUCGCAUCUGUAUUAAGAAGUGCUACAUGCAAAAAUGAAUACGCCGCCCGAGGAAAAGAUAAACGCAAAUCUGUUAUCGGCGAUACCACAGCACGCUGGUUCAGUCAGUAUGCAGAAGACAUAAAAUUUGAUUUACUUUAUUGUAGGCGUAUGUACGACCGUGAAGAUAUAAUACUGGUAGCUUUUUUCCUUGGGAUAUGCGGCUGCUCUUGCUCAAGCCCACGGGCGAGGAGUUGAAGGACAUUCUGCUGAACACAGAGAACCCCUUACGCAAAAAAAAAAAACUGUGUAGGUGUAAGUCUGUGAUGGAAACCUGUCAACACAGUUGCACUUGGCAUGCUAGCUGGCCAUGAAGUCCUGUUUUAUACGUGUUUUCACGUACUAGAUGCGCAUGACAGGCUUCCUCCGUCACGCAGAGCUGAUUUGUCAUGCUGUCACCCCAAGAGAGCUACACUAACACAGCUUUUUUUUGCUGGAAUACCCGUACGCCCGGCUGCUGGGUUUCGUGUUGAUCCGCUUCGUAUUAGACCACGAGCGCAUGUUAUCGCGAGAAAAAACUGUUGCAUUGUGAACUUGUGAUGCAUAAAAUGGAACACAAAGGAGCCCUUAGCUAUUUGUCUUUCGCUACACUUGCAACAGAGCGAUUGGCUAUUUUUAAGAGCGUUUCUUUGAUAUUUCCGUUGGGAACAAGCCAGCACGCAUGGGGCAAAUUUUCUGUGUAGUCGAGUCUAACAAACUUGUGAUGCAGAUCUUGCAAAAUUGUCAUCAAUCACAGCGAAGCAGUUUUUUCGUGGGAUACAAGUGGGCCUGGUACUCGUCCUUUUUUUUGGACCGGCAGGAGGUCAUACAACAGUGCACAACUCCCCCUCUCCCUCAUUUGUACAGCAUGAAUGGCAAUACAAGCAUCAGCAAGGAUGCUGGUUUUGCAUGACAAAUUUGCACUGGAGUAUAAGUAGCUACCAGAACUUGUCAUGCAAACAGUGCCAAGAGGCAAAGGGUGAGUUACUUUGCAUGACAAAUGAGUGGGAGGGGGGGUUGUGCACUGUCAUAGGUUAAGUUCUGCCGUCACGAACACCUGACUAUGGGGGAGAUCGUCGAGCGGCUCUUUCUCGAGGACCGGUACGGUGACGGAGACUGCGUUAUGAAAUGCAAAAAUGUCUGGGUCGGGAAACUUGUGAUGCUAAAAUGUGCAUGAUGAAAACACUUCCGAAUGCAGUCCGGCAUGACAACUUCCCAAAACGCUUUCUCAAUCCGCAUGAGAAAGUGCGUUUUUGCAUGACAAAAGAGGCUGCGACUUUUGUUCGUUAUGCAAUACAGAUUUUCUAGGUAUGGAAAGCUAGCAUUACAAGUCCCAACCUUCCAGCCCCAGACAUUUUUACAAUCCAUAUGCGUGUUCCCCCGCAUCCCCCACCAGGUGCGGCAGAAGCGCGGGUCGACCCUGGUGCGGCUGGAGCAGCAGCGCGACCGUGCCAAGGAGCACUUGGCACGGGCGGAGCAGGACCCGAAGUGGCUGGCCGUGGGGAAACGCGUCGAAGCAUGCAGCAGUGGUAUAAAUAUAAGUAUUUUAUUGAGCUGCAGUAUUGCUGAGCGCAAAGUCGGAUCUGUAUGAUGUUCUCAUUCUUUCACCUGAGUUCUUGGCACGACAAUUAUACCUUCUUGAUUUGAUGGUGAUAUUCCGGAUCGGGAAAGAAUGUAUGCUUUGCUUCUCGUAUUACAAGUCCACACUUAAUAUUGUAUGUUAUUUCGCUUAUCUGAGAAAUCAGCAAAGUCGUGAAGUCAAAACUACUUUGAACAGGUGACUGGCUUUUCGGGCACAUCGUUUCUGCCAACGAAUAUGCGGCGAAAAGAGACUAUCCGAGAAAAAUUCAUUCGUAUGUUCGAAAUCUCCUUUUGGCAUGACAGUAAAAAUUUGUCAUGUGUAGAUAGUAGUACUAGCUACGUAAAAACACGUACGAAACGCAUAUUCAGCAUUCUGCUAGGCUAUGACGCAUAGUUAGCAUGACAAGCUUAGCGAUCUUGUAUCGCCUGCAACAGAAAGUCGCUCCACUUAAGUAGCAUUUUUUUUGGAUAGACACCCGGGACUGCUGUCGCGCACAGACCGUAUCGAUUUCAGCUACGACAGCAAGAUCAGCAGUCUGGAAGACCAUCGCGAGCAGCAUAUCCAGCGUAUAAACGUCCCCGCCCUGAAGUCAAGAUAAAGAAUCUGCUGUAGAGAUCAACAAGGCUUGGCUGUUCUGCAUGACACAAACCAAGGCUUGCAGUGUGAGCGUGCUUAGCAAGUGCAGCCGCAUCACAAAUUUGGUGCCGCUUUGGACCCUGAUUCGAGCUUGAUAGCAUGCGAAAAUGAUGUUGCUUCAUAACAGCAACUGGGUCCACAUGCGAGACGCUUAUAGGAUUGCAGGUUCGCUACUUAAGUACAUACAUGACUUCGCUCGGCGGGGGCCGUUUUUCCGCCGGAUACGGCGCGAGCUGUUCGGCGCCACCGUGUUUGUGCGUCUCGAAGACGGCGUGUGCGAGGAAUUUCCGCUCGGCAGAAUCGUCUUUCCGUUGGACGACCCGAUCGAAGUAGAACCGAAUGUUGAAGCGUUGUUCCCAACCUCUUCGGCACCUCUCCAGGUGGCCCCGAAACGAUCGGAAUCUGCUUCUGGAGCCGCAGGUCCUGCAGCAGCAGGUGACCACGGAAACCCACUUACCGAGACGGGAAACAGCACGGAUAACUCGCGAGGACAGGAAGCGGUGGUGGACCACAAAAUGAGCGUCCUCCGAACUACCGCAGAUUUGGCACCACAACCUCAAUCCGAAGAGCUGGAAGUGAAGAAACCAAAACCAGACGCAGACCGGCUGGAGCCACCCGCUCGCCCCACCGCGUCGCAAGAGGAUCAUGAAAUGCUCGUCGAUGAUGAAUCAAAUAAUGCUGUCGCCGCGCGAGAAAAACUCUCUACUUCUGCUUUAUUGGGCGAAAAUUUCGGCACGAGCAAGGACGUGGUCGUAGAAGAACCUCAUGCUGCUGCCACUAGGCAUACCUAUUAUAACGUUGACCAGAUGGGGUCGUCGGCCUCGUCCGCGCCACCUCCGCCGCCGCCGCCCCCGCCGGCCGAGGACGUGCUCAUGGAAGAUGGUGUGGAAGAUCUGCAUCUGCGCGACCGUCUUGGGACGGAAAAUAAAAGUUCUGCGAGCACUUCUCUCGUCGCGGGAGAUCUGCAACAUGUUGAUCUGCUUGUGCUAUCAGGUGGAGCAGCCGCAGCGGCGGAAAUACCAAUAGAGGUAGGAGAAGGAGGUGGUCCUGAUCCUGGUCCUGAUUCUGGUCCCCCUCCACCGCCGCCACCACCGCCGGGAGUAAAUGCGGCGGAAGAUUCUCAAGGGCAAAAAGUGGAGAGGACAUGUUCCUCCGCGGUUCCGGAAACGGAAAAUGUUACACCAGGAAACGAGGAGAAAAGGCCGCGCGAGCAGGAGUUAAUACUGCAAGGAGCUAGCAAAGAUCCGCUUGCCGGUGGGGCUGUCGCUUCGUCCUCAUCAGGACCCCGAAGAGGUGGGGGACCAGCAGCGCGUGAGGAUGAUUCGUUCAUCCACGCAUCAUCUACUACCACUGGCAACAGACACAGGACCACCGGUAAUUUCGCCGAACGUGCCAGCGAGAAGGAAGCAAACCACGUAUCGACAACGUCGACGGGGCACCAUCGGGCCGCGCGGGAACCCCGCGGCGAGCGGGACGCGGGUUUAUCCUGUGCAAAAGUUGUACUAUCGCAGUCGUUCGGAUAUUAAAUUGCAAUACAGCACUGCAAGUGGAGUCUCAUUUUGAUACCUGAUCCAGCUGCGUGACAAAUUGCUUUUUUUUUUAUUCCGCUUAGUAGAGCUUGUUGAUACAAUUUAAAUUUUGUUUUAGAGCUACCAGAACCAGAUCUGAGGAAGUUGCGAGAGGGCUUUUGCAAACAUGUGGAUAGACGUACCACCGCGACCACCACGGGACAACAAGUAGCGGGCACAAUCAGGACAGCAGAGACCACUACGCGACCCGGGACCACCCGCGUGACAAAACCGGCGCGGCCAGAGGCGGACACCGGUCGCGUUCGCGCGGGCGCGGAGACCAUCCCCGGUCGCGUUCGUGCGGGCGCGGAGACCACCGCGGCGGCCAGCACCACCACCACAGCGACCGGCACCAUGGGGCGGCGCGACAGCGGAUCCGCAGGCGGGACCUGGUUCACCAGAAGGACCCGGAGCCCACGCCGGAGGAAAUUGAGGCGUACUUUACGUACCAAAAGAAACAAGUGCUCGCGACCGGAAAAGCCUACUCCACCCGUCCGCACGACUUCAAGCUGGCCACCGGACUGUCGGGCAUCGGGGCGGAGGAGCGCCGGUAUGACAGUGCACAACUCUGCUCCUUCCCCUCAUUUGCAUAGCAUGAACAGUAAUACAGACACCGCCACCGGUGGAGCCUGUGCAUGACAAGUUCAUGCACCUAGUGUAAGUAGUCCUGUUUGGGCUUCCGGAAUGAUCUGUCAUGCAAACAGUACCACGAAGCAGCGCUUCUAUUUGGUAUUUUGCAUGACAAAUGAGGGGGAGGGGGAGUUGUGCACUCUCAUAGCCUGAUGGGCGCCUACGCCCCGGAGGUCAUCCGCGUCGUGCAGAAAAACGAAAAUCUAAAGUCCGUGGCCGUGAUAUGCUGUGCAAAAACAUCCUCACCCCAGAGUUGUCAUGCGGAUCUGCAAGCACAAGAGCAUUUGUAAUGCGCAUCCCCAUGAUAGGCAUUUCCGAUCGUGUUUUGGGACUUGUAAUGCUGUAAACAGGAUGAGCAGAUGGAUUUGUAAUGCGACUUUUCUUGCUAAACUGCACUACACUAGAGCCUGCAAUUUGUAAUGCGUGACUCGCAAAACUUCGAGGUUUGUGUUGCAAAGUCUCCAUCUUGAAUCUGGGGUCGUGGGCACGUUUUUCCUUAGGAUACGUGAAGCGGGAUCACGAGCUGGGCCAGGGGCCCGGCGGCGCGGCGGGCGUAGAGAAAAACCUGUAUCAUGAGGAAAAAUGCCCCCUCCCCAUAUCGAAACGAAGUUUCUGAUGCUGGAUUUCCAUACACAAAUCAGAUUUGUCUUGCAGUAGAGGAAUGCAGGCAUAUGGCAAGCCUCAGCCGAGAGGUUUUGACGUAGGCGCCUAGCAUGACAAACGUGCAUGCUCUGAGCCAAAAAGCAUCACAAACCGCCUGAAAAAUGCGGAACGCUUUCUGGACUUGCCUUCUUGCAAGACAGACAGGAUUUGAGGUCACAAAUGCGCAUCACAAAUUUUCAGACGGAUACGUUUUCGAUAUGGGGAGGGGGGAUUUUUCCUUUUGAUAACCUGGGGGGCGACUUUAUCGACCGCUACAUGAACGUAUGACAGUGCACAACUCCGCCUCCCCCUCAUUUGCAUAGCAUGAACGGCAAUACAAGCAUCAGCAAGAAUGCCAGUUUUGCAUGACAAAUUUGCACUGGAGCGUAAUGCUAUUUGGGCUGCCAGAACUUGUCAUGCAAACAGUGCCAUCAAGAGGCAAGGGGUGGAUUGGGUAUUUUGCAUGACACAUGAGGGGGAGGGGGAGAUGCGCACGGUCAUAGGACACGAAGAGCUACGCCGCCGGCGGAAACCGACGCGACCCGGUCGAGGGUCCGGAAACACUCAAACUCGGCAAGACGAGGCGGUGAAGAGGGCAGUAGUGAGUUGUAAAGCUACAAGAUGGAGCGCUUAAUAUUUUGCGAUUUAUCAGUUAAGGCGAUCUAGUACAACUUGGAAGAACUUGUACCUCCACCGUGCCUCCUGUUGUUCCUCACAAAGAACAACGACCGAAGGAACAAGUGAUCGAAACACAUUUCAACGCUGACAUCAGCAGAGGCAUGGCGCUUUCUCUUCUUGACCCCCGCUCGGGCAAAAAUAGCGAAUAUGAAGAAACACUCACAUAUCACA